AUGUCUAAUCGUGGAGACCGAACAGACCUUGGCCCCUUCUCUGGAAUACCCGCUACGAACAUUCGUCCUGCCCCAACUGACGCCUCUAUCCAGCCAGAACCUCCAUCGUCAGGCGGACCCCGACACAAGAGACGCGCGCCUGGCCCAGCAACAUCGUCGCUCGUCAUGUCCGGCCCCAUGUCAGGCCCGUCCGGCGCGGGGAUGCCGUCGGGGAGCCCAGGUGAAGCCAGCAUGACCUCACCGAUGGGUCCCCCCGCCAAGAAGAGCCGUACAAAUACCCCGUGGACGCCGGCCGAGGAGCAGAGGUUGAAGAUCAUGCGGGAUGCCGGGAACAGCUGGGCGGACAUCGCAAAGGUGAGACUUAAGCCCGCGGGGGUGUGGGCGACCGCUCGAGAAAUCCAGACUAAGUGGUGUAUGGCAGACAUUCCCCCAAAGAACGGAAGGGAGCGUGAAGAAGCACUGGAUAUGCACUAUGCAGAAUUUGCGGAAGACGAGAGUCAGGCUCUUCUCAACGCAAUCAAGGAAUAUGAGACGAAUAAGUGGAAGGUGAUUGGGGCAAAGGUUGGCAAGCCAGCCAAGGCGUGCGAACAGUAUGCGAAAGAGCAUUUCGGCAAGUCAUAG